AAACCAAUCAAGAGCAACCAAGCUUCCGUUUCAACACCAAACUCCCGCCCGGAACUCGCGACCAUUUCCUGAUCCAUCCUCCUGCCUCCUCGCUUCCUAUCAUGGCCUGCACUCAUCAGGAGGUCGUUUUCGACGUGAACACCGUCGGCUGGGCUCCCUUCGGCCCGCGCACGGCGCUGUCCAUGCGCAACGAGGACCCGGCGAGGCUCCCCGCGACGGCCGUGGGGCACGGCCAAAAGCCCAGCGGCGGGUACGUCCUCGCGGCGGGCCGCGACCAGGAGGAGGACGGCCUGUGCCAGGCGAUCAGCCCGGGCGCGCUCAAGCCCCGGGUCACGUACCGUGUCGCGGGAUGGAUCAGCGUGGCAGCGGAGGAGGGGAGCCAGGGCCACCGGGUGCGUGUCAGCAUCCGCGUGGACGACGGGCGCCGCGUCGUCGACGGCGGGGCGGUCUGCGCUGAGGCGGGCAGGUGGACGGAGAUCAAGGGCGCGUUCCGGCUCAGUGAGAGCCCGAGCAACGCGGCGGUUUACGUCCAGGGGGCGCCGGCGGGCGUCGACGUGAAGGUUAUGGACCUCCGGAUCUUUGCCACCGACCGCAAAGCUCGGUUCAGCCAGCUCAAAGACAAGACCGACAAGGUGCGCAAGCGUGACGUGGUUCUGAGUUUCGGCGGGGCCUCGGGCGCGUUCGUCCGCGUGGUGCAGCUGGACAACGGCUUCCCGUUGGGCACCUGCAUCAACAGCACGGUGAUCCAGGACCCGGCGUUCGUGGACUUCUUCACAAAUCACUUCGACUGGGCCGUCUUCGAGAACGAGCUCAAGUGGUACUGGACGGAGGCGCGGCGCGGGCAGCUCAACUACGCCGACGCCGACCGGCUGCUCGACUUCUGCGACCUCGCCGGCAAGCCCGUGCGCGGCCACUGCAUCUUCUGGGCCGUCGACGGCGACGUGCAGCAGUGGAUCAAGGACAUCGGCCACGACCGCGACCAGCUCAUGUCGGUCGUCCAGGAACACCUCCAGAGCCUCCUCGGGCGCUACACGGGGAGGUUCCCGCACUACGACGUCAACAACGAGAUGCUGCACGGGAGGUUCUACCGGGACCGCCUCGGGGACAACGUGGCCGCGCUCAUGUUCCGCGAGGCCGCGCGGAUCGACCCGGGCGUCCUGCUCUUCGUCAAUGACUACAACGUCGAAUGCGGCAAUGACCCCAACGCGACGCCCGAGAAGUACAUCGAGCUAAUCCGCGAGCUCCAGCAGGGCGGUGCGCAGGUGGGCGGCAUCGGGCUGCAGGGCCACGUGACCAACCCGGUGGGGGAGGUCAUCUGCGACGCGCUCGACAAGCUCUCCACCACCGACCUGCCCAUCUGGAUCACCGAGCUCGACGUCUGCGAGCCCGACGAGGCACUCCGCGCCGACGACCUCGAGGUGGUGCUCCGCGAGGCGUACGCGCACCCGGCCGUUCAGGGCGUCAUGCUCUGGGGGUUCAUGCAGGGCCAAAUGUGGCGCCAGGACGCCUUCCUCGUCAACUCCGAUGGCACCGUCAACGACGCCGGACAAAGGUUCAUUGAGCUCCGAAGGGAGUGGACGUCGGACGCGCGCGGGCACAUCGACGGCGAUGGACAGUUCAAAUUCAGGGGUUUCGAAGGCACAUACGUCGUGCAGGUCACGACGGCGACGGGGAAGAUGCUCAAGACAUUCACCGUCGACAAAGGGGACGCGCCUCUUGUGCUGGGCAUGGAUGUCUGACGAUUACAAUGAUUAUCAUAUAGCAAUACCGAUACAUAUAUACCUACGUGCACUAAUUAAUUUGAUGAUCAAAGGCCAGAUCCUAAAAAGAAUUACCCAAGCAAUGCCCCUCACCCAAAUAUGAAUCCAUAGAGGACCUGUUUGGAUAGGGGAUUUGGAUCCUAUUAGCCCCCUAAUAUUAUUGGAGCAACCCACAGUCGUGGGUCUUUGUAAGAGUAACGUAUUGUAUUGUUGGCUGAGCCUGAUUGUGAUAAAUAAAGUAAACGAGCUAUUUGUUGUUUUC